GAUGACAAAGUUGAUCCCAAGAAACACUGUCAUUCCUACUAAGAAGUCUCAAGUCUUCACCACUUACCAGGACCAGCAGACAACCGUCACAAUUUCGGUCUUUGAAGGUGAACGCAGUAUGGUAAAGGACUGUAGACUACUUGGGAAGUUUGACUUAACAGGAAUACCUCCAGCACCAAGAGGAACACCUCAAAUCAAAGUAACUUUUGAGGUUGAUGCCAAUGGUAUCCUACACGUGAAAGCUGAGGAUAAAGCCUCUGGAAAGUCAGAAAAGAUUACCAUCACGAAUGACAAGGGUCGUUUGAGUCAAGAAGAAAUUGAACGUAUGGUGCAGGAGGCUGAGGAGUUUGCUGAGGAGGACAAGAAGGUGAAAGAAAGAGUUGACGCCCAAAAUAGCCUGGAGACAUACAUAUACAACAUGAGGAACCAAAUAAAUGACAAGGACAAACUUGCAGACAAGUUAGAGUCUGAUGAGAAGGAGAAGAUUGAAACCGCCACAAAAGAAACACUUGAAUGGUUAGACGACAACCAGAGUGCUGAGAAGGAGGAUUAUGAAGAGAAGCUGAAAGAAGUUGAGGCAAUGUGCAACCCAAUUAUCACGGCUGUGUAUCAGAGGUCUGGUGGAGCACCAGGAGGUGCCAGUGAGGAUUCCAACGAGGAUGAUGAUUCACAUGAUGAGCUGUAAUUGAAUUUGUAGGUUAAUAGUUUUUU